AUGAAAUGUAAAAUAUUCCUUCGGCCUCCAUCUUAAAUCUACGUCACUCGCACACGACGCUUGAAAAACAAGUUUUCAACUCGCACACAUUACACAAACUCAGUCAUGGUAUAAACAUGUGUAAAACAACAUUUAAUUCACGAUAAAUAUAAAAAUAUUUACCUAAAACAUUAUCUACGCAUGUAAAAAAUAGUAAAAAAAAACUAUAAACUCGCUGUGAUAUUUUCCAACAUUUACCGCAACAUAACCUCAAAACCGUAUGUCCUUUAAAAAUUUGGCAACAUUUAUUAUUUAUUACAACACACCUGUUUCUACCUGAAUCCUUUUAAAAACCCUUUUCUCUACCUGUGCUAUUUGACUAAAUUUCCUUAUGGAAAGUACUUUACAAUCAUUCAUGUUUUUGUGAUCGAAAAGGACACAAGUGCUUUUAGAUAUUUCUCUACAUUUUGGUGUUUCGGAGCUUUUAUCCAAAAUGGAUAGUUGUUGUAAUAAAAUAAUCGAUGCUAUUCGUUCAAUUGAUGUUAAUGGAGAUGAUGGAAUUAAAUUGAAUCAGAAAUUUAAAUAUAUACAAAGUGUAUUUCAAAAGGAAUGUACUAGUGCUAAACAUUUGAGAGAUAUCUUCAGCAAACUGAACGAGCAAGCGUUAAAUGAUUCCAUUUUUGCAGAACAAUUAGCAGAAUUUGGUGCAUCAAGAUUGUUUCAAACUUUGGAAAUAUUUAGUCAAAAAUUAUUACUGCUCAUGGUUAAUUUAAUGAAGGAAAAUUAUCUGAGAUUGGAUGAAAUGCAAGAAUCGAAUUUGGAUGAAUUGUUUAAUGCAACAACAUUGUUUAGCCAGUACUACAGCAAGGCUCGAUCACCAGAAGGUUUACCAUAUGACUGGCUCGUUAAGCCUCUUUUGGAAUAUUUGAAAACAUUUCUAAAUUUGAACACAAAGAGAUCAGCUAAAGAAUUCACAACACAGAUUACAUUAAAUGGUGAACGAAUAGCAAAAUCCCACCCCAAAGAAUAUGCAGAACUUUUAAACCUGUUACGUCAAAGAAUUUACUUAGACGAAUCAGAGGAUAAAUCAAUUAGAUUAUGGUACAUGUUUUGUUUAGAUUAUUCAUAUACAUAUUGUCCGUCCAUGAAUCCAAAAGUGGAGCAAUUUUAUAAUGCAUUGUUAAAGGAAUUUGUGGAUAACGAGGAAACCUCUGUUGAAAAUAAACAGACUGAAGUUAAUGGAACUGAGGAGGUUAAAAGUGAGCUAAAGAAAGAUGAUGAGAACAAAAAAGUUUUAAGUCGUAGUUCUAGUGUAGUUAAAGAAAUUAGUAGUAGACGUCCAAGUAGAGAAGAAGCUAUUAGAGCUUCUAUUGAAAAUAUUAAUAGAGCUGUAGAACAAACAAGUAUAGUUGAGCCAGAACAAAAUUCUGUUGAUAAACAGCAUACAACAGUUGAGCAUGUUACAACUGUUCAAAGUGCAGCUAAAAUUUCUGCUGAAAAUCUAAAUAACCCUUUUGAUCAAACCUCCAGGACUGAACAAGUUAAAACCUUAAGUAAAGACAAUGAUGUACCUACUAAAACAGACACAUCUAAUGAUUAUGUUAAUAAACAACCCUCGACAAAUCCUGCAGUCACUUCCAGAUCAUUCAGACCACCUAUGAAGACAGCGCAAAGUGACCGUUUAAAUGAGGCUGAUGCACUAGUUUCAAAUCUAUGCCAAAACAUUGCAAGAUGCUCCGGAGAUGCCUCAAGACAAUUUUUCAGUUCCAGAAACCAAACAAACACAAAAUCCUCUCCCAAUGGACGUUGGACUUACAAUGAUAAUGACUAUAAAACAUCUCACAGAAAUGAUAAUGAUUUCAAACCGACUCAGAGGACCGAUAAGUUCAAAAUAGAAUAUGGUAAUAAUGAUAAUGAAUUCAAAUCAACUCAGAGGACCGAUAGGUUUAAAAUAGUAUGUGGUAAUAAUGAUAAUGAAUUCACAACUCAGACGACUGAUAAGUUUAAAAUAGUAUGUGGUAAUAAUGAUUCAUUUAAACCGAAAUCAGGUGGUAUUUUAUCACCUCGUGAAAGACUCCGGUCUCAUUUGAAUAAAAAUAAACAGUCGCUGCAACAAGAGCCUCCACAGAAUGAACAAAAGAAAAAGACUAUAAAAUCUUAUUUGAAAUCCGAAGAUAUCUUCAGCAAACUGAACGAGCAAGCGUUAAAUGAUUCCAUUUUUGCAGAACAAUUAGCAGAAUUUGGUGCAUCAAGAUUGUUUCAAACUUUGGAAAUAUUUAGUCAAAAAUUAUUACUGCUCAUGGUUAAUUUAAUGAAGGAAAAUUAUCUGAGAUUGGAUGAAAUGCAAGAAUCGAAUUUGGAUGAAUUGUUUAAUGCAACAACAUUGUUUAGCCAGUACUACAGCAAGGCUCGAUCACCAGAAGGUUUACCAUAUGACUGGCUCGUUAAGCCUCUUUUGGAAUAUUUGAAAACAUUUCUAAAUUUGAACACAAAAAGAUCAGCUAAAGAAUUCACAACACAGAUUACAUUAAAUGGUGAAAGAAUAGCAAAAUCCCACCCCAAAGAAUAUGCAGAACUUUUAAACCUGUUACGUCAAAGAAUUUACUUAGACGAAUCAGAGGAUAAAUCAAUUAGAUUAUGGUACAUGUUUUGUUUAGAUUAUUCAUAUACAUAUUGUCCGUCCAUGAAUCCAAAAGUGGAGCAAUUUUAUAAUGCAUUGUUAAAGGAAUUUGUGGAUAACGAGGAAACCUCUGUUGAAAAUAAACAGACUGAAGUUAAUGGAACUGAGGAGGUUAAAAGUGAGCCAAAGAAAGAUGAUGAGAACAAAAAAGUUUUAAGUCGUAGUUCUAGUGUAGUUAAAGAAAUUAGUAGUAGACGUCCAAGUAGAGAAGAAGCUAUUAGAGCUUCUAUUGAAAAUAUUAAUAGAGCUGUAGAACAAACAAGUAUAGUUGAGCCAGAACAAAAUUCUGUUGAUAAACAGCAUACAACAGUUGAGACUGAACAAGUUAAAACCUUAAGUAAAGACAAUGAUGUACCUACUAAAACAGACACAUCUAAUGAUUAUGUUAAUAAACAACCCUCAACAAAUCCUGCAGUCACUUCCAGAUCAUUCAGACCACCUAUGAAGACAGCACAAAGUGACCGUUUAAAUGAGGCUGAUGCACUAGUUUCAAAUCUAUGCCAAAACAUUGCAAGAUGCUCCGGAGAUGCCUCAAGACAAUUUUUCAGUUCCAGAAACCAAACAAACACAAAAUCCUCUCCCAAUGGACGUUGGACUUACAAUGAUAAUGAUUACAAAACAUCUCACAGAAAUGAUAAUGAUUUCAAACCGGCUCAGAGGACCGAUAAGUUUAAAAUAGUAUGUGGUAAUAAUGAUAAUGAAUUCACAACUCAGAGGACCGAUAAGUUUAAAAUAGUAUGUGGUAAUAAUGAUUCAUUUAAACCGAAAUCAGGUGGUAUUUUAUCACCUCGUGAAAGACUCCGGUCUCAUUUGAAUAAAAAUAAACAGUCUCUACAACAAGAACCUCCACAGAAUGAACAAAAGAAAAAGACUAUAAAAUCUUAUUUGAAAUCUGAUUGUCUUAGAAUGCAUAUUGAAACCUUUGACGUUAUAAAUGAAAUAUUUGGAAAGUAA